AUGGGCAAACCGCGGAUGAUCAUUUUGAUCCGCCAUGCCCAGUCGGAAGGAAACAAGAACCGCGAGAUCCACCAAACAAUCCCCGAUCACAGGGUAAAACUCACGCCCGAGGGACACCGUCAGGCACAAGAGGCAGGAACUAGACUACGUUCACUCCUACGACCAGACGAUAAAAUCCAUUUCUUCACUUCUCCAUACCGUCGCACCCGUGAGACCACCGAAGGCAUCCUCCAGUCCCUUACGACUGAUACGCCGUCUCCGUCACCUUUCCCGAGGCAUACCAUCACGGUAUAUGAGGAGCCUCGCCUGCGCGAGCAAGAUUUUGGUAACUUCCAGCCAUGCUCGGCGGAAAUGGAACGCAUGUGGCUGGAAAGAGCGGACUAUGGGCAUUUUUUCUAUCGAAUUCCGAACGGUGAAUCUGCUGCGGAUGCGUACGAUCGGGUAAGUGGGUUCAAUGAGUCGAUGUGGCGGCUAUUCGGGGAGCAGGACUUUGCAAGUGUUUGCGUCCUUGUUACACAUGGACUCAUGACUAGGGUUUUCCUUAUGAAAUGGUACCACUGGAGCGUCGAGUACUUUGAGGAUCUCCGAAACAUCAACCACUGCGAGUUCGUAAUCAUGAAGCUCAACGAGGACAGUGGCAAGUACGCUUUACAAAACCAACUUCGCACAUGGUCAGAAUUGAAAAGGGAGAAAGAGUUGGAGCAUCAUCGAGAGCGCGCCGCAAAGGGUCUUGGGCCAGCAAACCCAACACUAUCAGAAGCACUAGUUCCAAUACGGCGCAAAUGGGGUGGAUGCCCCGAUGGAUGCAGUCACGGCGUUUACAGAAAAGGCUCCCAGCGGUCAUCUCGAGCACACGGCGAUCAACGCAAAGAACAAGAGAGCCAACACAACCACAGCUCAACCCAGGACACCAGCCAGGAAACCACCAAUACCGUGAAUGAAGGACGAACAAUAACAGCACCGGAACCUGCCAUCGGCGACCGCUUGGGCGACGAAAUGCCGUUAAAACCCCUUCCUUCAAAACCGCAUUACCACCCCUCCCUCUCUCCCAAACCCAUUAAAAGCCCAUUAUUCCCUAAACGUCCCAACUUCACCCACCGCGACAGCGGCGAAGACCACCUCCUCCACGCACCACACCUAAACUACAACCUCAUCCACCUCGUCGGCCGCGACGGCGGCGGAACCCUCAGCGGCGCUAACAGCGUCGCGGCCUCAGAAGACGAGCACGACAAUCAUCAUCACCACCACCGGCACCACAUCCAUGAUUCCGAAAACAAGCAGCAGCAGCAGCAGCCUGAACUCCCUCGCGCCGGCCUCAAGCGGCAUAAUCCGCGUGCAUCCCAUGACCUCGACAAUGACGGCGACGACGAAGGGAGCGGGCGACAGACGCCCAAACUCCGACGAACAAGGUCCUCGCAUCAUCGGCAUACGCAAAAUCAACCGCAGCCGCAAAUCCAACCCCACCCCCAGGAUGCAUCAACACCUAAGAAAUCCACCCACACUAUCCCAGACACCGACGAGACCGACAGCUCACCAGAGCAUACAAAACAGCAACAGUCCAGCGAACAAACUUCAAUCCAAGACCAGGACAAGUCGGAAAAGGAAACCGAGAACGACCGCAAAACAGAACGCAGGAAUGAAACCGAACUCGAACCCGAAACGAGCAUCGAGGAAGCGCGAAAAGAAGACCAAAGUAUUCAAGGGAGCAUUUAUUGA